AUGUCUUUGAAUAUCCCCAACGCGCCGAACUCCGGCCUUUUCAAGGGCGGCUACAACAACUACGACUCUGAGGAUGGCGCCGUGCUCAGGAACAUCGACGCCUGCCGCGCCAUAGCUUCCACCGUCCAGACCUCCCUGGGCCCCUACGGCCGCAACAAGAUCGUCAUCAACCACCUGCAGAAGAUGAUCCUCACCUCCGACGCCGCCACCAUCCUCCGCGAACUCGACGUCGUCCACCCCGCCGCAAAGCUGCUGGUCAUGGCCAGUCAGCAGCAGGAUGCUGAGAUGGGCGAUGCCACCAACCUGGUCAUCGUGCUGGCUGGUGAGCUGCUGAAGAAGGCCGAGGACCUCCUCCGCAUGGGCCUGAAGACCUCCGACAUCGUUACCGGCUACGAGAAGGCCCAGAAGUUUGCCCUUGAGACACUCGAGGAGCUCGAGGUUGACAAGGCCGCCGACCUCUCGUCGCAGGAGGAGCUCAGCAAGGCGAUCCGUACUGUCGUGGCCAGCAAGCAGAACGGCAACGAGGACUUCCUCGCAGACCUGGUCGCCGAGGCUGUUCUGGCCGUGCUCCCCAAGAAUCCUGCCAACUUCAGCGUUGACAACGUCCGUGUGGUCAAGAUCAUGGGUGGCAGCUUGGAGCAGAGCCGGGUCGUCAAGGGCAUGGUCUUCCCCAAGGAGCCCAACGGAUCAGUAAAGAAGGCAACCAAGGCCAAGGUCGGCGUCUACUCGUGUGCUAUCGAUAUCAGCCAGACCGAGACCAAGGGUACCGUUCUGCUGCACAAUGCCAAGGAGAUGCUUGACUUCACUAAGGGUGAGGAGUCUCAGCUCGAGGCAGCUAUCAAGGAGCUCCACGAUGUUGGACUCCGCGUGGUUAUCGCCGGCUCCACGGUUGGAGAGUUGGCCAUGCACUACCUGAACCGCUACGGCAUCUUGGUCAUCAAGAUUCUUAGCAAGUUCGACCUUCGAAGAAUAUGCAGAGUCGUCGGGGCGACGCCCCUGGCAAGACUGGGUGCACCAAUGCCAGAUGAGAUGGGUUCUAUUGAUGUGGUGGAGACCCUCGAGAUUGGCGGCGACCGUGUCACAGUGUUCAGACAGGAGGAUGAGGUCACGAGGACAGCAACCCUGGUGCUCCGGGGAGCCACCCAGAACCACCUCGACGACAUCGAGCGCGCCGUGGAUGACGGUGUGAAUGUUGUCAAGGCCAUCACCAAGGACGCAAGACUCGUGCCAGGAGCUGGCGCAGCAGAGGUCCAGCUGGUUGAGAGGUUACAAGCAUACGGCGAGAAGACACCGGGCCUGGCACAGUACGCCAUCAAGAAGUACGGAGAGGCCUUUGAGGUCGUCCCAAGGAGCAUUGCGGAGAGCGCCGGUCUAGAUGCCACAGAGGUGCUGAGCAGGCUAUACGCCGCUCACAGCCGCAAGGACGAAUGGACUACCGGUGUCGACAUCGAGAACGAGGAGGACACUGGAAUCUUGGACGCCCAAGAUGCCGGCAUCCUGGACCUGAUGGUCACCAAGAGCUGGGCGAUCAAGCUCGCAACAGAGGCCGCCAGGACCGUCCUGUCGGUGGACCAGAUCAUCGUGGCAAGGCAAGCUGGUGGCCCCAAGCCCCCAGGACCCAAUCCAAACUGGGACGAGGACUAA